AUGGGGGCCACACAGCUCCCAUGGGAGCACAUCGUUACUCAAAAACGUUUGGCCAGAGAUCAAUUGCUUGCUCCCUACUUGGUCGGUGAUGUAGAGCGCCGAGUGCCCCAAGUCGCACACGUGGAAGAUCGUAGUCGACUCGAAGACCCCGAGGCCCAGAAGAUCACCGAUAUCGACAAUGUGGGGGAUCUGCUGCAGCUUCUUCAAAAGGGAGAGGUGACGGCCGAACAGGUUGUUCAGGCAUAUAUCAAACGAGCCGUGGUGGCACACCAACUGACAAAUUGCCUUACAGAAGUAUGCUUCGAGGAAGCCCUGGAACAAGCAAAGAGUCUCGACGUCGAUUUCAAAGCAACCCAUAAACCCAAAGGCCUGCUCCAUGGCGUCGUGGUGACUCUCAAAGACCAGUUCAACGUCAAGGGGCUCGAUACAACGCUGGGAUAUGUCGGCCGAUCCUUUUCCCCAGCGUACGAGGAUGCAGCUCUCGUCCGGAUAUUGAAAGACAUGGGAGCGAUUGUCAUCGGUAAGACAAACCUUUGCCAAAGCAUCAUGUGGGCUGAAACCGAAAAUCCACUCUGGGGCUUAACAACGAAUCCCCGAAACCCGGCCUUCACACCAGGCGGCUCAACCGGGGGUGAGGGCCCGCUCCUCGCCUUGCACGGCUCUCUUCUGGGCUUUGGUACCGAUAUUGGAGGCAGCAUUCGUAUUCCACAGGCCGUCGCGGGCUUAUACGGCCUCAAGCCCAGUAGUAGCCGGUUUCCGUACAAUGGCGUCCCCGUCUCCACUGAAGGCCAGGAACAUAUCCCUUCAUCCGUCGGUCCCAUGGCGCGAGAUCUUGCAUCCAUCUGCUACAUCACACAGCUCGUAGCAAACGCACGACCCUGGGACUUAGAUCCCCGUUGUACACCUCUCCCCUGGAACGAAUUGACCUUCCGGGAGAUCCAGCAACGUCCGAUGGUCAUCGGUUUCAUCCUCGACGACGGUGUUGUGAAGGUGCAUCCACCUAUCGCUCGAGCCCUGCAGGAACUUUCCGCCGCAUUGAAAGCACAGGGUCACGAAAUCCUUAUCUGGGAUACAUCUGACCAUGCGGCAUGUAUCGAACUGAUGGACCUAUACUACACCGUUGACGGUGGCGAGGAUAUUCGUCGUGACAUGGCUGUGGCAGGCGAACCGUAUAUUCCUCACGUUGAGGCGUUGGUUAAUCGUGGACAGCCGAUGUCAGUAUAUGAAUACUGGCAGUUAAAUAAGCGCAAAGCGGCCGCGCAUAAGAAAUAUCUCGACAAGUGGAAUGCGGUCCGGUCUCCCUCUGGAAAGCCGGUGGAUGUGUUGCUGGCUCCAACGCUGCCACAUACAAGUGUUCCACACCGAAAAUUCCGCUGGGUUGGAUAUACGAAGAUCUGGAACUUCCUCGACUAUCCGGCUUUGACGUUCCCAGUGGAUCGGGUGAGAGCCGAUCGAGAUCAGGUGCCCGCAGAACCGUAUACUCCUAGAAAUCCUCUGGAUGAGUGGAAUUGGGGUCUCUACGAUGUGGACCAGGUAGAUGGGUACCCAGUCAACCUGCAGAUCAUCGGGAAGAAACUUGACGAGGAGAAGGUGCUAGGGGCUGCAACUGUUAUCGAGAAGAUUUGGAAGAAUCAGGUCUAG